UCAGUCCUCUCUAACCGCCAGAAUAGCUGCUGAGGGCCCCGCUCCAAGCCCGACCACGGGGGUUACGGGGCUGCCCGCGGGCGUCUGCGUCCACGCCGACUGCCAUUCCUCUAGCAGUUGAGCCGGCAAACCCAUCCUGAUGGUCCCCUUAACCCCUUUCCUCUUGCUGCUGAGCAGCUGAUAGCACUCCUUGCCAGGCCCGGGCUCCUGGCCCAGGUAGUGGGAUCAAAACGAGCUAUUUCGGGCCCCGGCGCGCAGUCCCCGCGGGCCAACGUGGAGUGUUCCGGCCCACGCCCCCUGGCCGCCGAGCACCCGAGGCUGAGUCAGAGGCACGGAAUUAGGCCCGACCUACCCUGGGGCAGGGUCUGGUCUGUGUCCUCCUGACAGCCUGGCGUGGGGGCGGCAUUCUCCAGGCAUCUUUUACCAAGACUGGUGCGUCAUCCUCAGAGCUGCCAGCCGGGCCGAGAUGGAUUAAGAGGACUGGACACUCUUUGGUGGACUUCUCGGGGCCCAGGGUCCCAACUGCCACAGCGAUUCGCCACGCCUCUACGGGUCUGCCUCCCAAACCUUAGUGUCCCCUGCUGGAAAAGGAAAAGGGCCUGAUGACAGUUCCCCGGUGUCCUUUCCCAGGCAUCCAACGGGCGUUCAAUGACCGGCCAAGUCAUUAUUGAAGUUUCUAAAUAAGGCUUACUAAUGGCCGAGCCUGGCCUCCAUCCCAGUGUCCCUGAGAGGCCCGCGGGGGCGGCCCCGGGCGCAGUAUAAAUCGGAGACUGCGUGCGCUUGGGCACUGCGGGACCCAGGGUAGCAGCGGAGGAGCAGGAUGGAGAUCCCGGUGCCCGUGCACCCUGCCUGGCUGCGCCGCGCUUCGGCGCCUUUACCGGGUUUUUCCACUCCGGGACGUCUCUUUGACCAGCGUUUCGGCGAGGGGCUGCUUGAGGCGGAGUUGGCGUCACUGUGCCCCGCUGCGAUCGCCCCCUACUAUCUGCGUGCCCCCAGUGUGGCGCUGCCCACAGCCCAGGUGCCCACGGACCCUGGGCAUUUCUCCGUGCUGCUGGACGUCAAACACUUCUCGCCGGAGGAAAUCUCCGUCAAGGUGGUCGGCGACCAUGUGGAGGUCCACGCGAGGCACGAGGAACGCCCGGAUGAACAUGGAUUCAUUGCUCGAGAGUUCCACCGCCGCUACCGCCUGCCUCCCGCCGUGGACCCUGCUGCGGUGACCUCCGCACUGUCUCCCGAGGGCGUCCUGUCCAUCCAGGCCGCACCAGCCUCGGCCCAGGCCCCGCUUCCGGCACCGACUGCUGCCAAGUAGGGGUCCGGGCGUUACAGGCCGAACCUGGGAAGCCUCUUUAGGCUACCUUUUAAAAGCCGAUCUGACUCCGUCGCCCAGCCAGAUGUCCCGAUCGCUGUCAAGACAGUCCUCCCAACCCAGUCUAGAUGUCCUCCCCUGGGACCUCUCCACCCAAAACCCUACUGCGCCUUAGAAACCCGGACACCGCUUAGCCCCGCCCACAGCCCUCAGGCCCCGCCCAUGACUCCUGUGUGGCGAUGGCACAACCCUACUGUCACCCUCAGUAGGGUGUACUCAGGCUUCCUGCUGUACUUCUAACUUUAGAACACCCCAGUGUGUCACCAGAGCAGCGUGGUAAGCGCUCCGAGUCCAGGCCUGUCACCUAGUUCACCGCAGUGACUAUUGGGCUAGCCAGUCUGGGGGCCAGCAGUGGCAUUCCACAUCAGAACACCAUCGCCUGGUCUACCGGAUUCCAGAUCCUGUUCUAUAUAUAACCUGACACUCCUCUGCCCCGGGCACCUAAAUUCUUGAAUCCUGUUCUGACUUCCAAUCCUUGGGAUACCUAUUCCUGACCAACCAUGACCCCCAAACUCAAAUUGUACAGACACCCCAACUUCCCGGACGUGCUAGGCGAUGCCCCAGAGCCCCUGAGCUCCUUUAUCCCGGCUCCCCAUUGGCAGCCAGCUCUCCCUACAGCCACCUCCACAUCUCAGUCACAUCUUCAUUCCCAACACUGUCCCUGUCACCUCAGGCCUUCCUACCACCAGUCCCCAAUAAAUGCGCUAGAGAUUU